CCUCUUCUCAAAGAAACUCCACACAGUCUCAAUCCCACCACUAAUCAAUGGCGGGAACGGAAUUCCAGGGCCUCCAGUGGGUCACCAAAACCAUUGGCCUCGAGCCGACAUGGACGCUUGAGCCAGACCUGGAAGCUGCCAAGCAGCUGGUCGAGUCGAUCAGCAUGAUAGAAGCGGGCACGAUAAACAUGUCACUUCUUGCUCAAGGCGCAUUCAACAAACUAUGCGAUAUUACCAUGUCCAAAAAAGCGGAAGCCCUCAUCCUGCGUGUAGCCUUACCGGUCGAUCCGCGAUACAAGACGCUCAGCGAAGUUGCGACCAUGGACAGGAUGCGCCAUAAUACGAAUGUCCCAGUACCUAGGGUUCUCGCCUACGAGGCUUCCAGAGCGAAUCCUGUCGGUUUCGAAUGGAUCCUGAUGGCAAAAUUGCCUGGGAAGCCGCUGGCUGAUGCGUGGAAAUCAUUGUCAUACCCGGCUAAGGAGGGACUCGCCAAGCGGUUUGCCGCAUACUCAUCUAGCCUUUUCAAGAAUCAACUGAGCGGCAUUGGGAAUAUCUACACCGCGUCGCCUCCCAAGGUGGACUGGAUUGUGUCCAUGCAUUUUUUCUGGGGUGAUCAUAUCCACCAAGAUGUACGCCGCGGGCCCUUCUCCUCGAGCAAAGACUGGAUGGAAGCACGCCUAGCACUCAGCGAACACGACUGCCGCUCAACGCUGGCUAAAUAUCCGGAUAGGAGUGGUAUUGAUAGUGACGACGAGGACGACAUAGACGACGCACAACGGACGCUCGAGAUUAUCAAGAGACUUGUGCCGCUUGUGGGCCAAAUACUCCCUAUUGAUCACUUGGAAGAUGAGCCCUCUAUGUUUUUUCACGACGACCUCUCUCGGCACAACAUCCUUGUCGACGACAGCGGUGCUCUUACCGGUGUGGUGGACUGGGAGUGCGUAUCAGCCCUGCCACGCUGGAAGGCGUGCUAUUAUCCUUCGUUUUUGGAAGGUCCGCCGCGAGAUACGAAACCCGACCCGACGAGGUACCAGCGAACCGCCGGUGGCGAGCCUGCGGACCUCUAUUGGGAACACUUGAUGGAAUAUGAACUCACAACCUUGCGCAUGGUUUUCCUCGGUGAGAUGGCGAGACUGGAGCCAGGUUGGGUGGACGUGUUUAACUCGAGCACGAUGCAGAGAGACCUGGAUCUCGCGGUGCAGAACUGUGAUAACGAAUUUAUUGCCAGGCGCAUCCAUGACUGGAUUGACGACGUUGCUGCCAGGAGAAGCAACCCACACAGUUUGCGAGAUAGGAUCGAUGAAUCUUGACGACUUUUCCUGUAGUUAUUGGGGUCUGUUUCAAUACGUGUGUCUCACAAUAUCAAACCAGUCGAGGCAUACAUAUAAUUGAAGUUGAAGGAGCCGAAUCUACUACCGUUGAGCUACGAGC